ACACACACACAUGCAUGCACACACCCUCUCUCUGUCUCUCUCUCACACAGACACACACACACAGCACAACACACUUUAACCAGCACUGGAACUUUGAGCUUCAGGUGGACGGGUAAAGCUUUGAAGCAGAGAAGGACACAACGCUCACAAGGAAAAAAGGACAUUGAAAGAAAGAGAAAAAGAAAGAAAAAACAAACGGAUAUUGUGUCUGUGUGUGUGUGUUUCUGCUGAGUUUGUUGAAGAGAUAGUGAGCAUUAGGAUGAUGUCACAAUCCGGUUCCAGCAGGGGAGCCUUAUUCAAGUUCAUGAUCCCAGCGUGACCUCCACACAUGGAGAUGGGGGAGACUGGUAAGAUGGCGAAGUCGUGCAUGGGCCUGGUACUGGUUGAGUUCGGAUACGAGUACAAGAACCAAGAUGGCUGCAUGGUCUCUAUCAAACCCAAUGAACGCUACACGCUCCUGGCCAAGACCAACGAUCACUGGUGGCACGUACGCAAAGACGAGUGCACCAAGCCUUUCUAUAUCCCCGCCAAAUAUGUGAAGGAGCUACCGUCCAGUUUGCCUUCACCCCUCGACUUCGUCAGUGCCCCUGCGCCCAAUCCGACGCCUCCCACUGUUUCUGACCUCGCAGAGAAGACCAAGUCGAAUGAGGUAACUAUCAGGUCACACUCUCCCAGGAACCACCGCAAGACAGACAACCGCAUGUCCACGUUCGGUGUCCCACUGGACCUCCACGAGCCUCCACCGUACAUGUACGGAGGCUCUGUGGAUCCUAUCAUUUCCCUAAACCCAGUCCCAGCUUCGGAACCGGUGAAGAACAAAAGACUCAGUCUUGCUUCAAACUUGUUAUUGAGCUCCCUCGAGUCACUCCAGAAACCUCGGGCACCGAACGUGAGCCCCGCCGACCUGCUGCUACGCCAGGUCAAGCCAGUGGAGCCACCGGUAAUCAAGAACCCGAUUGACACCAGGCCGCAGGGACCGCUGCUGACUCCCGAGCCGCUCAUUGAGCCGGAGGAAAAGUCCAUCCCGUCAUCAGACUCGGAGAACAUUUACGAAACGAUAGCGGAUUUGAACCUGGAUGUGUUGGUGAAGACAGAACCUGCUGCUCUGCUUGAUCCUGCUCAGAGUCCACCCUCAUCUGCAGUGCAGGGCAAGCAGGAACGUGAGAACCCAAACAUGGCGGUGUACGCUAACAUCUCUGAGCUGAAAAAGGCUGUGAAUCGCAUACCUCCAGCGUCCACGUCUACAUGCUCUUCUCCAGGCCUCUCUCUCAGUCCGGCUCCGGACUCACCUGAAUGGCAGAGCAGACCUGAGCAGGACAACGGCAAAAUGUUCUACCCUGCCUCACACCCUCACCCUCAAAGUCCCACACUGACCCCAGGCAAGGAAGCCUCGGCUCAGCUCAUCCCUGCCGUGGUUGCUCCAUCCUCACUGCCACCAUCUUUCUCGCCAGGAUCAGACUGGAAACAGCUCCUAGACGAAUCCACAGGGAGACACUACUACUACAACGCCACGCUGAAUCAGACAUCAUGGGGCACUCCGGAGCCACUUAGCCCUCAGCAGGAAGGACUGCCCUGUCUACCAGAGGAGGAUUACCCUACGAAUGAGUGUGCUGUCAGAGACACGCCCCUGUCCCCGGUCAAGCGUCCCGUCCUGCCUCGGGUCACUCUGGACCCCGGGAACACUGUGCCGUCUGGCUGGAAUUGCUCCACGGAGCCAGGAGGAAAAACGGUCUUCACCAGUGACCACACACCCCAGCAGUGGAUCCAGUCGAAGGACGAGAAAGGCAAACUGUAUUAUUACUUAAAGGACGGUUCUGUGUCUCAGUGGAAUCUUCCGGAGGUGUUGGGGAACGGCCUGGAGCAGGAUGGACAGUCUGUCCCUAAGAACCUGAGACCCGUCCCACAUGAGGACAUGCAGAAGUUUUUUCCGUCUCACCGCAGGAUUGCUUCUGAUCACAGCACCGAUUCAUCGAGCACUGUAAAUUCAGCGGAUGUGCCUCAGGAGGAUGGCACGAGGCUGAGGAGGAAUCUGUCCAGCACAGACGCUCACUACCAGCAACUUCACCACCUCCAGUACCCUCACCACCAUUCACAGCUGGAGAAAGCAGGAAUCCUCAACAAGACCAAAAUAGCAGAUAAUGGCAAGAAGCUGAGGAAGAACUGGGCUCAGUCAUGGACUGUCCUUCAUGGAGGAAUUCUCACCUUCUACAAAGAUCCCAAAUCCACUCCAGGUGGAUACGUGACAAAGACUAAUCAGAUUGUCCCAGAGUUCACGGUGGAGCUGAAAGGAGCGACGGUCCUUUGGGCGUCCAAGGACAAGUCCAGCAAGAAGAACGUCCUGGAGCUAAAGACUCGACAUGGUUCAGAUUAUCUGAUACAAUACGACACUGACACCAUCAUCUACGACUGGCACAAGAUCAUCCAGGACACCAUUAAACACCUGGAUCAUGAACAUUACUCAGAUGAAGAGGAUGAUGAGGUCAUGGAGAAAUCAACCCAGCCUGUAGAGAAAGAGAAAAAGAACACCACGACAAGGCAGAGUUCCUCCGGUGCUGCAGAUGCUGAGCAGAGUCGCGUUCGUACCAAACUGCGCAAGUUCCUCCAGAGGAGACCGACACUGCAGUCAGUCAAAGAGAAAGGCUACAUCAAAGACAACGUGUUUGGAUGUCACCUGGACACCUUGUGUCAUCGUGAGAACACCACCGUCCCCAGAUUUGUGGAGAAGUGUAUCAAGUCUGUGGAGAGGAGAGGAUUAAACAUCGACGGGAUCUACAGAGUGAGCGGGAACCUGGCGGUCAUCCAGAGACUCCGGCACAAAGCUGAUCACGAGGAGGAGCUGGAUCUGGAAGAUGGUCAGUGGGAGGAGAUUCAUGUCAUCGCUGGAGCACUGAAGCUCUUCUUCAGGGAGCUUCCUGAGCCGCUGUUCCCCUACAGCUUCUUCGAAAAGUUCAUCGCCGCCAUCCAAAUCGGCGAUCAGAAUCAGAGGGUGUCGUAUAUACGAGACUUGGUGCGAACGUUGCCGUUACCCAACCACAACACCAUGGAAGUGCUCUUCAGACACCUGUGCAGGGUGGUUGAUCACUCAGACUCCAACCGGAUGUCCUUCCAGAGCAUGGCCAUAGUCUUCGGUCCAACUCUGCUCCGGCCCGAGGAAGAAUCCGGGAACAUGGCAGUCCAUAUGGUCUUCCAGAACCAGAUCGUGGAGCUCAUUCUCAGGAAGUUCGAUGAGAUUUUCUCUCCCAGAUGAGUCAUUCAGCCUGAGCAAUAAAUCUGCUUGAGUGAGGCUUGACUGAGCUUUCACUGGAUUCUUAAAGACUUUCUGCUUUAUUUAGGAUAACGCUCACCCUCAUGUUAUAGCUCAGUAAAUCUACAUGAGGAUUUCCUGACGAAUCAGAAUAAAGAGAUCAAACGCUUUGUUUGACCGGAUUAGCGUCUGGAUUAGCGUCUAGAUUAGCGUCUGGAUUAGCAUCUGUAUGUGCGUCUGUAUUAUCAUGGUUUUUUAAAACACGGACUUCAGGAGCUAGUUCAGAUCCACAGUCUGAAAAAAGACCUCCACCUGGAUUCGUCAUUUAAGCACUGUAUAGAUUUAAAUAAACUGAAAAGAGAAAGAAAAGAAAAUGAAAGUUUGCAGCAGAUGAAUCAGGAAGCUCAGCUGGAAGUGGGGUUUGUAGGCAGUUCUGUUGGAUAACACACUGUUUAUCUGAAAAAAACAACAAAGUUUAUAUAGAAAUAUCUUGAGAUUUUGUACAUACUGUAUGGUUGAGGUUUUCUCUGGCCUGCUGUCAGAGUUGAUAAAGAUAUCUACAACAACAAAACAACAAGAAGCAGCCGAUUUCAUUACGCUAUCGUCAUCAACGUUAGCGUUGGUAUCUUUGGUAUCUGAUCAGCUGAUGACUAGAAACGUGUGUGUAGUAUAGGAUAAGAUGAACACACACACAGAUGGAUUUUAUUGUACUUUAUUCAAAUUAAAUUAUUUUCUAUUGAUGUGGAGAAAAAGAGAGUCCAGUCGAGUGCACAUGAGGUUUGCGGAAGGGGGCGGAGCUUCAAGGUGGGGUCAGUUCAUCCAGUUUUAUGGGACAGAAAGGGUGUGAAAGUGAGCAGGUCUGGAACUGUAAUUUAAUCAGAAUAGGGAUUAAAAGAAACAAUCAUGAUAUCGCACAAGUAUAAUCCAGGCCUCCGUUUGGGUGCCAGAAUUUCUGUUUAAAUGCCAAGUUUGCUUUUUCCUGUUAAACCAUCUAAUAACCCAGAUUGAUUUUAAACCUCAAAAAGGUUCUGAAGGUUGUGAGGUCUAAUCUCAGAAUGGUCACAGAGCCACGGUCUCGCUUUUACACAAGAUACGUCUCUCAAAACUGAUGAACAAAUAAAAAAAAACCCAGCAAAAUCAGAUCUUCUUCCUUCCAUGACAGACUUAUCCUCUGAUUGGAUAUGAAAGAGUUUGUGUGUGUGUGUGUGUGUGUGUGUGUGUGUGUGUGUGUGUGUGAUGAUACACAUGUUUAAUGUUAAAUAGAGCAUCUAUAGUUUAUAGCUAUAUUUUAUCUCCAGAUCUGUACAUAGAUUGAUGUUUAUAUGGAAAGAGGUUUAAUAUCAAAGUGAACACAUUUCAUAUACUAUUAAAAAAAAACGCUGUGUAAAUACACAAUAUUCAGAUGUUUCACCAAAUAAAUAUUCUUUUAAGUCAAGAA